GUUUGUCCACCUCAUCGAGUUAAUCACACUUUAUGAAAGUUUGGUUGAUAUACAGUCUAAUAAUUUCAACCAUAAAGCCAACCAUGAUUUCCAAGACAUUAAGAACAAUAAUAAUGGGGCCUCCCGGAUCAGGAAAAGGCACAAUUUCAUCAAGAAUUGUCAAAGAUUUCAGGCUUAAACACCUUUCAAGUGGUGACCUUUUACGAUCUCAAAUCCAUAACAAGUCAAAGGAAGGGUUACAAGCCAAAAAAUACAUUGACAGUGGACAAUUAGUUCCAGAUAAUGUUAUGGUUCAGUUGAUUCUCAAUGAACUUCAGAAAUUGAAGCAUGAUAGUUGGCUUCUUGAUGGGUUUCCGAGGACUGUGCCACAAGCUGAGGCACUGCACACAAAAGAACCAGCUGAUGUUGUCAUCAACCUUAAUGUUCCAUUUGAAAUCAUAAUGAGUAGAUUGACCAGCAGGUGGACACAUGCACCUAGCGGGAGGAUUUAUAAUACAGAUUUCAAUCCUCCCAAAGUUCCAGGAAUAGAUGAUGUCACUGGCGAAGAAUUGAUUCAAAGAGAAGAUGAUAAACCUGAAACAGUAAAAAAAAGACUGGAAACUUAUCAAGCCCAUACCGAACCUGUACUUAAUUAUUAUAGGAAUCUAGGAAUUUUGGAAGAAUUUACAGGAAAAUAUUCAAACGAAAUUUGGCCAAAAGUCCACAAGUUUUUGUCCACUAAAAUUGAGCCCCUGCAGUACACAGUUUACAAGUAACUGAGGACGUUAUAGCAUUGCCUGUUUUGUUCCUUUACAUAGGCAUUUUGUUUAUGGUUGAUUGUUAUUAAUUGUGGCUGUGCCACCUUGAUGAUUUUGAUAUUUACACAUGAUUAUUGUUAUGUUAGUAUUUAUAUAAUGAUUUUUCUGUUGUAUUUCCUAUUCCAAGACAAGCUAGGUACACUGGAGUAAAUGAGCGAAAAAGAAUUUGUAUAAUGGGUAGAAAAAUAAUGUUGUUUACCUUAGUGGAUGCUCUCAGGUGCAGUUACUGUAAUUUGCUUUGAUUUUGAAAGAUUUUAUUUUUUGUGAUUUUGGCUUUUUUUUUUAAAUGCAGUACAUAAUUUUCUCAAGUUGCAGAUCAUAACAUUGACCUGAACUUGUUUAUUUUGGCCAAUAGGGAGUCACAAAAUAACAUGUAAAUAAUGAUCUCACUGACAAAAGGGAUUCGCACCAUAGUUUUACUUACAGUGUACGUACAAAACAUGUACUGUAUUCUAUAUAUUAUUUUUCUUUUGUACAUUAGCCAUUGAUGUUAAUAUAAAUCUUAUUUAAAGAUCAAGUGAUUGAAAACAGUUCAUUAUAAUCAGCUGAAUUAUUGUUUUUAAUUUUUUUUAAAUUGGUCUGUUUUUGUCCAAGACGCCUUUCUAAAGAUUUUGAGAAUUGAUGUUUUUAAGUGCUGCCAUUUUAUAGUUAUAUAUCACAAUAUUUUUAGGUUAUAUAUAAACCAUACCAAAAAAUUAUGCAUGACAAGAUUAAUACAAAAUGUUACAAAUUUUCUCAGUCUCUCUCACUUCUGGGCACUUAGGGUGCUGAAUAGGGAUAAUACAAUUUUAUGCACAUAAAGGAUUUAUAUUAAUGACAAAUCUUUUGAAAACUAUUGAUAUUUCUGUUAUUGUUGCAUUGUUCAGGUUUUGCUGUCUUCAUAGAUUGAUCAAUCACCUGCAAGCCUCCAGCUCCGUGGAACAAAAGUUAUAAGGCACCCACAAUUUAAACUUUUAUUGUCCUUUGCAGACAAAUAAAUGAUCCAAGAAAAAGGAGAUCCAAUGAGGCAUGCAUUCAAUGAUUGUGUGUAGUGCUUUGUAGUAAGAGACGCAAGUUGAAAAAAGGGGGUGUUUGAUAUAGUGAAAGUAAAUAUUUCAUGUUCAGUUGUUCAAGUAUUUACACAACUACCCAGUCAGAACUUUCAGAUGUGUAAAAUGGGAAUGAUUAUCAUCUUAACAUUUUACAAACAUUACAUCAAUGUAUAUGUAUUGAUUAACACCAACUCAUAAGUACUUGGUUGUUUUUAGGAUACAUGUACCUUAAUAUGGUGCUGUACCACAAUUAGCAGUAUUUGUAGUAGUUUAUUGUUAACUGCUUUUAUUGAGAGUAUUUUUGCAAGAUCAUGAUCUUAAUUGUAUCCAUUACCCAUUAAAUUAUGCAUAUUAAUGAAAGAUGAUCAAAAUACAAUGUAAAUUGAG